CAAGUAUACACCCCCGUAUUGCUUGUCAAUCCACCGUUGCCAUCCACCUAACCUAUUUUUUUAGGUUAUGUUAAUUUGACCAAAAUUACUAAAAUGUCUUUAAAAUCGUGUUACAUCCUACUUCCGGGUUUAGUCAAAACCUUGAAGCCUAGCACAGUCAGUAAUCUAAACCGACCAUUGCUCAACCUUGUCAGUAAACCCCAAAGAAUCGCUUUCUUGUCAACCGAAAAAGUGGACACGAAAAACCAGAAAGAAGUUUAUUACGGCAUCCUGACACCACAAAUAAAAGCCGUGAAGGUGUUUUCGUUGUCUUCUAGUAUUGUAGGAAUUGUAGGCCAACCUUUCUUAUACAAGGCCAUUAUAUCGACAGGAAAUGUCCCUAUUAUCGUCGCUGCCUAUUCAUUUCUCGGGUUUUUCACAUUCGUGACGCCUCUUUUGCUUCACUUAAUUACCAAAAAAUACGUCACACAUUUGUUCUAUAAACCCGAAAACGACAGCUAUGUUGCAAAAACAGUGAACUUUUUUUGUAUCACAAAGGAGACUGAAUUCAAAAUUGAUGACGUGAAAGUUCCGGAUGUCCCCGGAAUGUUCACAACAUUGUUAGCAAACGGAAAACCGCUCUUUUUUGAUCCUAGGCUCUUCGAAAAUCCCGAACAUUACGCUAGGAUUAUGGGCUACGAUAAACCGAUAGAUUUCAAAUUGUAUGAAACACCGCCCGUUGACAAGAAAGAUUGAGCUAGUCUUGACUAAAUUAUCGUGUAAAUAAAAUAGUUAAUAAAAAAUAGAUUUGA